AUGACCAAGUUUAAGCGCAAUGCACAAUCACAGCCAAAGCACGGGAAACCAUUAUCCAGCGGCGCAUCUAGGGCACCGGUUGCACCACCAGUCCGCCGUCCGGGGUGGACUGGACCAAGCUAUAUACGGAAAACCACCAAACAGACGCCUACAGCAGUAAAGGAUGUUAGCUCGAUAGAACAGAUCCAGAGUCUCUCUGUCCAACAUCAGCAACUCAUUCUUGACACCAUUAGAACUACCUUUCCUGCCGUCGACGAAUUCAAUGCAUUGAUACCAGUAUUACGCGAGGUCAGAGAAGCCCUCGAGCAACAGGACUACUGCAAAGCAUUCGGGACCGAGGAGUUCUUGGAGGCAUAUACAAUCCGCUGGAGCCCUAGUAGAGCUCUGGCAUUUGCGAAUGUGUUAGCUUGGAUUUGCAGUGAGAAGAAAGAUAAUGUAUGGGCACAACAGUUCUUGCAAAAUAAUGGACAAAAGCCAUCGAAGGUCGUAUGCAUUGGUCGGGGAGGAUCCGACUUAUUAGCAUGUGUGGCAUUACUAAAGCACUCUCAUCAAAGCAAACUCGACGCAAUUUCCCGCCCAGAGUUAUCUUCUCCCAAUGCGACAACGCAAGAUGGUAUUUCUAUCACGACCUCACACCUCGACCCUGAUCACAACGGCAGUGCCAUGGUUGAUCUCAACCUCAUUGAUAGACACGUCUGGUCAGGGAUUGUCACAAAACUACAACAUACUCUCACAACAACUCCUACUCUUCCCAAAUAUGCAACGGCCAAGGCGCACGCUGCAAACAUAUCCGCUAUUCCAUCUCACGCCUUAAACCUAUCAGUCAACCAUGUAGACAUUCUCGAAAGCGGGGAUACAGAUCUGCGUGCGAUGAUUGGGCCUGACCCGGCACUUAUCACCCUCUUCUAUACGCUCCACGAACUCUACUCGAUCUCAAUAUCUAAAACCUCGGCGUUUCUAUUGAAAUUGACUUCCACAGUACCCAAAGGAAGUCUAUUGCUUAUUGUGGAUAGCCCCGGGGCUGAAGCCGCGCUACCUAAGAGUAGCAAUGAAGGACAAGAGAAGAAAUACCCACUCGAGUGGCUAUUUUACCAAGCUCUGCUGCCUCCUAAGAGCACAGAUUCAGAGGAGGAAGAACAGCCUGCAUGGAGGAAACUUGUCGAAGGUGGCCAUGAAAAGGAGUAUAAGUUACCUGCAGGCCUAAGAUUUCCAGGAAGUCUAGAGAAUACCAGGUUCCAGGUGCACCUACUGGAGCGGUUAUAA